UCGAGGCGCUGGUUGUGUAUGUAUAAUCCUAUCCGGUUUCCAGAAAGCUUCUUGUCUUGAAAUGUAUUAGGCUUACAGUUAUGGGGCUCAUCUGUCAUAAACCUGUGUGUUGACUGUUGUAACAGUUUUCUUAAUUUGUGUGUUGUAAUAAAAACGUAAGACGAACCACCUCAAUAGGACAAAACAGUAACUAUAACUGGAGUGGGGAGUUAUUAUUAUUAAAUAAUGCUAGAAAAGUUAACUCAGAUGAUAUAAGAUACUUUACCGGUAUUACAUCAUAAAAUAGUUCCCUUUGAGCUGAUCCCAAAGAUUUUGAGCCUAAUUAAUUAUGGUCAGCAUCAAUAAUGUUGUUUGGUGGUAUCGUGUUUGAAAACUAUCAUGCACGGCUCGCAUUAUCUGUCAGCGAUUUCUACUAAAACUAUGUAGUCUGCAUCAGUCCUAUAAGUCCAUUUCAAAAGUAGUUCGUUCAGCACAACCUAUUUGGUUUCUUUGUUGGAACAGUCAUCUUAUAGAAUAUCAGUGGGAUUACAGGGAAACCUAACUAUUGGCAGAACUACGAAACUAUUGCGAUUACCUAAAUUGGUUGUGAGCAUUUUAAAAUCAUAUUAAUAAUGAUUAUACCGUACUCUGAACAGAGAUUUAUCUCAUGUAUUUUUAGACUUAAUGGAGAAGAUCAGUAUGUGUUUAUUCCGGUCUCUGACCUCAAUGUGAAAUGCAAUCAUACAGGAUAGUAAAUAUUUAUUUUGGCUUUUUCUGCUACAUAGUAUUAUAAGUUCGUUUGAAGCAGAGGUUAAUAUUACUGACUGAUCACAAGCUAAUGUUUGUUGCAUUUGGUUUCAAAGCCAGCUUGCAAAAACUCACAGCAAAUCGAUCUCAAAGGUAGGCACUAAUUGUAUUUAAAAUUCUAUGUUGGCUUGAGAAACUUGAAUCAUUAAAUUUAAGUCAAAACCCACUAGGUUGUCAUAUCUCUGAUAACCAAUCUUCCAAUUCAUCUUUUGAUGAAGAUACUAUUGGUUUACUAUCUACUGAAGGAGAAGAAAAUAUUCAACCUAUGAAUAGCUCUGAAUUAUCUAUACAGGAUCAAAAUUAUUUUUAUUUUAACAAACUCUCAUCUUCAUCCAAGUCGAAUAAAAUACUUCAGUCUAAACAUAAUGAAAUUGAUUUCUCACCAAUUUUUCACAAUGAAUCCAUGAAUGAUUCAAUAGAAAAAAUUAAGUCGACUAACCAUCCAAAUGAUGGUGUUGGUAGUAAUGAUAAUCUCAAACAAACAAGAGGAAAUGAACCAUCUAACAUGAAAACGCUACCAAAGCAUCCUUCAGCUCCAUCUGAACUGGCUUUAAAUUCCGGUAUUAUAUCUCCUACCACAGUGUUUCCUUGUUUAAGUGUACUAGCAUUGAAUUCGACGUAUGUACCAUGGGAUUGGGUGAUUGAUUUGCUUUAUCGACUACCAAACCUAACCGAUUUACACGUUGCACGUAAUAAUUAUGGAGCAGAAGAGCAGACUGAAGUAUCUUCUGAUCAUAAUGAUGAUAAUGAUGCCACACCAUUACCUGUAUUUCCUCAUCUACACAGUUUAUAUUAUAGCGAUAAUGGCAUAUCGAAUUGGUGGACAAUAUGUCGUUUGUGUAAACACUUCCCUGGAUUGGAACAAUUGAUUUUAUUAGGUAAUCCUAUUGAACAUAUACCAUUUCCGCAAGAGAAUUUACAUACAUCUGAGCAUACUACAACAACAACUACUACUACUACUAAUAGUAAUAAUAACAAUAAUAAUAAUACUGAUAAUAAUACAUCAAUAAAUACUUGUUAUCAGCAUCAGUGCUUAUUUCAAAAUGUACAUACAUUAGGUUUAUCAGAAACACUAAUCAAUCAAUGGGAAAGUAUUGAUGCUUUGAAUGAAUGGAUGCCUAGUUUAACCAAUUUACGAUUAGGCAAUACUUUACCUGUAUUUCAGUCUUGGAUAGAACCUGAUUGUCGAGCUCAUGUAAUUGCCAGAUUACCAAAACUUACUACAUACAAUCGAAGUGUCAUUGAUUCAGAGGAACGUGAAAGUGCUGAACGAGAAUUUGUUCGAUAUUAUGGUCAAAUUGAUCCAGAUAAACGUCCUAAUCGUUAUUGGGCUCUAGAACGUCGACAUGGUCGACUUCAACCAUUAGCUAAUAUUGAUUUAUCUCCAAAACAGCAUAUUCGUGUACGUGUCACAAUGUCAGGGAAAGAAGUUUGGUAUAAUAUAAAUGUCAACUUAAAAGUAUCACAAGCUAAACGUCAUUUCUGUAAUUUAUUCAAUAUUACUAAUCAACAUGAAAUUAAACAUUUGAAAUUAUUUUAUUUUGAUCAAGUUAUGUCACAAAUUCAAGGUCCAGAAGAAUUAAAAUAUCCAAAUCGUAAUUUAUAUUCAUAUCAAAUAGAGACUGGUGAUUUAUUCGAAUUAGUACGAUAUCCAGAUUCUUGAUAAUGGAAAAAUAGAACUUUUACAAAAGUACAAUAUGAUAUGAAUGUUUGUGUGUGUGUGUAUGUAUGUAUGUAUGUAUGUAUGUAUGUAUGUAAUUUUGUUAAUCCUUUCUCUCUUUUUCUGUGCAACACGCCUGUUUGUAUAAUAGUUGUUGAUUUGUUUGUUUUCAUUGUCAUCGAUUUCCCCUCUCCCUCCUCUCUCUCUCUCUUACUCGUCAGUUUCCGUCUUUCCCCCAUUUGUCAUAUUUACUCCCCAUUCACAAUAUAAUAGUGUAUAUUCAUCCGUUCAUUCAUUCAUUUGAUCUUAUUAAUUGUGAAAUAGUGGUUUAUUGAUUAAGUUGUUCCACUUUCAAUCUUGUUCAUUUUUUAUUCAUUUCCAUUGGAGCAGCUGAAUAGUAUCAUCGUUAUCAUCAUUUUGAAUCCCUUUAUCUAUUGAAUACGGUUAUCGGUUAAAGUUCUAAGUACUCGAUUAGUGACUUAUAUUGUCUGUCUAUGUCUAUUUGUGAAUGUAUGUGUAAAUAUGUACUACAUUAUAAUUGUUCUCUUAUUACCUUUUAUUUAUUCAUUCAUACAAGAUGUGAUAGACUCCAAGUUUUUUUCUUCAAUUCUAUUGAUUAGUUAGUAUUUUUGACAAAUCAAUCAUGAUCAUUUUCGAUCAUUUUGCUUUUAAGGUACAAUGUUAUGCAUACAUACUCAGUGUAUAUGUAUGUGUGUGUAUAUGUGCUCUUCUGGCAGUUUUGUGAUUUUUAUUUUCCUGUUUUCUUUUGUUUGUUUUUGAGUUUAUCUUUCUUUUUUUUCGUGUUAUUUAUUUGUUUGUUUAUUUCCAUACAUCUUAAUUCCUUGAUGAAUAUAAAUAAAGCGCUAAGAACAAGACAUCCAAAAUAAAAUGAAUUCAUCA